CCAAUCAUGAGUAGCAUUUGCAGCAGUUUCACGUCCUAAAAGUGACAUGGCGUCCAGGCAGAAAGUUUGUUAAAUUAGACGUUAAUGUUGUUUUUUGAUUCACGGGCAUUUCUCGGGCUGUAUUUGAAGCCGCACAUAUUUCACAGACACUUGCAUUGAUGGUAAUGCAUGCUAGGAAAACCCAGAGGAUCGGCGAUGGGUAUUUCGAAAAACACCAGACCCAUCCCUACCAGGUUGUGAGUGGAGAUUCGACUCAUUUAAAGAACUCGAAGUACAGUAGUGGCGGGGGAGGUGGCGGUGGCGGGUCGCGGGGCGUGAGCGGGCAGUAUGCGGCUGCGACUGCUGACCGCUGCGGGGCAAAGGGGCCUGACUGUCAACCACACAACAAACCGCCACAACAGCAUACACACUCGCCUAACAAUUUCAGGUGUGCUAUGAACUCGAAGUACAGUAGUGGCGGGGGAGGUGGCGGUGGCGGGUCGCGGGGCGUGAGCGGGCAGUAUGCGGCUGCGACUGCUGACCGCUGCGGGGCAAAGGGGCCUGACUGUCAACCACACAACAAACCGCCACAACAGCAUACACACUCGCCUAACAAUUUCAGGAGCGGCUUGGGAGUGGGCUCCAACAGAAUGCGCGGUGACACAUCGCCUGGGGGUGGAGGUGGGCCGAACGGUAACAGUUCGGGGGCAGGGGGUGGCUCCGCUGGGGCGGGGCUGGUGUUGCGCGGUCACCAUUCCAACGACGCUACCGACUGCGCGUUCCAGCAGCAGAAGGGGGGCGUGCGGCCAGCUGCCACCGAUAACAAGGAGAGAGAUUCACGAGACUAUAAGAGGGCUGAUAAGUAUUCCGACUGCGUUAGGUCUCCGAAAGAUAAGCGUAGCAGAGAAGCCCGUGAUUCAGAACAUAGGACCAAUCAUGAUAGGAAUAGCUCCGAGAAAGUUAUACUACACACAAUAAAAUUGUCAUCGCAGAAUUCAUCAAGGGACACGCCGCAACGAAAACCUUUGCUUACUGCUUGCCAGGACAAGCGUGACGACCGCGACCGGGAACGCGACCGAGACAGGGACAAUCGCGACAGAGAAAGAGACAGAGAUAGGGAUCGGGAUAGGGAGCGUGAUAGGAGUGAGCGAGAGAGAGACAGGGGCGGCGAGAGAGAGCGCGAACGGGUGCUGAGAGUGGGCGACUGGUCCGAACAUCUCAGUUCGUCCGGCAAGAAGUACUAUUACAAUUGCAAGACUGAGGUGUCACAGUGGGAGAAGCCGCGUGAAUGGCUGGAGAAGGAGCAACAGCGAACGCAACGCAACGCGGCAGCCUCGCAACAUGUUGCCAACUACAAUGCCAACACGCAACGUCAGCUGGCAACUCACGACAAACAUUCCAACUCGCGUAGUGGUGGAGGGGGUGUGGUGGCGGGGUCAGCAAUGCCCAAGGGUGGCGGUGGAGGUGUAGGGGUUGUGUCGGCCCGCACUGGAGCACCCCCCUUGGCGGGCGGGGUGGUGGGGUUAAACAGCGACAAGCACCACCAACAUCACCACCAUAUGGCCACACAUAACGCCACCGGCUAUUGGUCCCAGCAACAGCAGCAGCAUGUGUCACAUGAUACAGUUGUGGUGCCUGAUGUUAUAUUUAGGUGUAGUAAUGGACCGACCGCCAACGCAAACCCCAGCAGUCAACAAACGCAGGACAUGGAGAUCUGUUCGGGCGACAGUACGCCGACCGAAUCGGAAGCCAGCUAUGUAGCCCCGCCCACCGUUGUGACGUCACUAGCUGCCGUAACUGCACUGCCGGGAGGCGUGGCCUUGGCCAAUGCGCAUGCGCGGGAGGUGUGGCACUGGUCAGUGCGCACGCGCCGGGAGGAGGCGUGGCCAGCUUGGUUACUGCUCAUGCACCGGGAGGCAUGGCCUUGGCCAGUGCGCAUGCACCGGUGGUGGGAGGGGGCGUGGUCUCGGCACUGGCGCCUGUCAUUGGCGGAUCGGAGCCCUAACUGUGUAGUAAUGGACCCGACCGCCAACGCAAACCCCAGCAGUCAACAAACGCAGGACAUGGAGAUCUGUUCGGGCGACAGUACGCCGACCGAAUCGGAAGCCAGCUAUGUAGCCCCGCCCACCGUUGUGACGUCACUAGCUGCCGUAACUGCACUGCCGGGAGGCGUGGCCUUGGCCAAUGCGCAUGCGCCGGGAGGUGUGGCACUGGUCAGUGCGCACGCGCCGGGAGGAGGCGUGGCCAGCUUGGUUACUGCUCAUGCACCGGGAGGCAUGGCCUUGGCCAGUGCGCAUGCACCGGUGGUGGGAGGGGGCGUGGUCUCGGCACUGGCGCCUGUCAUUGGCGGAUCGGUGACGUCGGCCGCAGGAGGUGUGCCGGUCAGCGUUGGAGGCGUGGCUGUUGGUGUGGUGGUGGGGGAAGGUGGCAGUGGAGUGAGUGGCCCUGUGCCGCCUCCCGUACUGCAGCCGGUGCCCCCCAUGCAGCCGCUAAAGGUGGACUGCAGCUCAGUGGCUGCAGCUGCCAGCUCAGUCGACCCCAGUGGGCCGCCCACUCCGACACAUUCCGAGAGUCACGACUGUCACGAUGUGCGAAAGUGCAGUCCACCCAGCUCACUGAGCUCGCUGCAAAGCCUGACGGUGGUGGCGGGGGUGGCAGGUGGGCUGACAGGGGGUGCCCUAGCAGGGGCUGCACUGACAGGGGGUGGCCUGGGUGCCCUUGCCCUGGGGGGAGGCAGCAGUGGGGUGCUAGCGCUCACCCCUUCGCUCGCCAACCACUAUCGUGACGACCUGGUCAACCAUGUGCGCAACUGGCCGGCUGAUGGAUGCGAGAAACAGGCGCAAAAGCUGAGCGAGGAGGCACACACGGUGGGUAGUCUACAGUGCACGCGGGUGUCGGCCGAUCUCAAGUCGGCGCGAUCCAUAGUCAGGCUCACCGAGAUACAGGCCACGCUACAGGAGCAACGGGUAUUAUUCCUCCGUCAACAAAUCAAGACACUAGAAACCUUGAAAUCUCAGAAUUCGUUCAUGGGCGACGACUGUUAAUGUUGGCACUCCUGCUCUCCUCCUCCUCAGCAUUUUAAACUGUAACUGUAUCAUAUAUUUAUACAUAUAUAUACAUAGUCUAUAUAUAUAUAUUUGUAAUAAUAACAGCAGUAACCAACCGGCGGCAGUGGCAAAAAAUGGAUUUAUUUUCGAGAUGAAUCCGUAAUAUAGGUCGAAUAAUGAGUCUCUAAAGCCCUGAUUUUCAAUUGGUUUUUGAUCUGGUUGAUAGAAAAAUAUUAGCAACUGAGAGAAUAUAUAACAUUGGUUGGUAUGGGAGUGUUCAUACAUGGGCAACUGCAACUUGAAGAAAAUAACAUUGGUUGGUAUGGGAGUGUUCACACAUGGGUAACUGCAACUGAGAGAAUAUAAGAUCGGUUAUUAUGGGAGUGUUCACACAUGGGCAACUCGAACUUGAAGAAAAUAACAUAGGUUCUUAUAGAAGCUUUUACACAUGGGCAACUGAGAGAAAAUAACCUAGGUUCUUAUGGAAGCUUUCACACAAGGGCAACUGAAAGAAAAUAACAUAGGCUCUUAUGGGAGCUUUUACACAUGGGCAACUGCAACUAAGAGAAAAUCUCAUACUCAAUGUUAUUUUCUCUGAGUUACAGUUGCCCAUGAGUGAAAGGUGCCAUAAGAACCAAUGUUAUUUCUCUCAGUUGCAGUUGCCAAUGUGUCAACACUUCCAUAAGAACUAAUGUUAUUUUCUCUCAGUUGCAGUUGACAAUGUGUGAGAGCUCCCAUAACAACUAAUGUUAUUUUCUCAAAGUUGCAGUUGCCCAUGUGUGAACACUCUCAUAACAACUAAUGUUAUUUUCUCUUGCAUUUGCCAAUGUGUGAACACUCCCAUAAGAAACAAUUUUAUUCUCUCAAAGUUGCAAUUGUCAAUGUGUGAACACUCCCAUAAGAAACAAUUUUAUUCUCUCAGAGUUGCAAUUGCCAAUGUGUGAAUGCUUCCAUAUGAACUAAUGGUUUUCUCAGUUGAUCAGAGCUAAAAUUGAUUGAAAAUUAGGGCAAUUUAGAGUCGAAUAUUGUGUCUCUUAGAGAGACGACUGACUACUAAUUACGAUAGUAGAGUGAGAGAGCUGCGUGUAUUAUUAUAGAUAAAUGAGGCACUAUAGAUAAACGAGAUAUAUACAGAGUGUGAUGUACAGUGUUGUCAAUUCUUUGUUUUAAUAAUGUGAUUGAAACGAUAAAAUAAUCUCUCAAAUUUGUGUUUAUUUGGAAUGUUGAAUUGGAAAUGACCUCUCAUAUUUGUAGAUGGAAAUUACUGAGAUAUUACUGACAGAAGUCUUCGGGGUGAAUUACAGCAUUUAAUUUGGAUUUUCGUUUAAUAAUAAUUCUCAUAUUUGUGUUUGUUUUACCAGAUUUGAUUGUAUAAUUUUAUAAUUUAAUUAUUUGAUGAAAAGAAUAUUCGUUUACACUCAAAUUGUUGUGUCUAUCCCGUCAUAUUUUUUGCAAUAAUCAGAUCAAAUGAUUUUUCAUGGCAAAAGCAAAACAAUGUCAAGUUGAUUACUAAAAAUUGAUGGUUUAUAAUAAUUUUUAGUUCUAAUUCGGUACUCUAUCAUCUAUGGAAUACAAUGCACUAAGUUUUGGCAUUGCUGCAAUUCUACAUAUUUGAUUAUACUGACUCGACACUUUGAUUAUCAUAUAUAAAAUAUGAUUACAAAGUUUUGACAUUUCUAGCAUCUAUCAAUUUCACAUAUUAUGAUUAGGCGAUCAAUCUUGGGCCUGUUUAAUAGAACCGUAAAAUUCUGUAGUGUUGAUAAAAGGCUUCUACACACUAAUAUUGAAUUUCCAUAGCACAUCUUACUAUCAAUGUCCAGUGUAGUUGAGCCUUUUCCUGUAUUACAUAUUCCCAAUUUGUUAUGAAAUUUGUAAUACAGGAAAACGCUACUCAAAUUCUAAAUAAUAUGGAACAACUUUUCAUUAAUUACUCAGAUUGAAAAGGAUUUUUUAAAGAUUGACACGCGGAUGCACAAAAGUCUGUUAACUUUUAAUCCUGAUUGAAUGUCACGAGAUCCAAUUGGAGAAGCCUUCUUCAAUCAGUGAUUGGUUCUCGUCAAAUUUAACAGGCUUUUGUGCAACCGGUCAUUAUUUUCGUUUGAAAAGCCUUGGAAGUGUCAAUAGAGGCUAGAAUAAAAGCUUAAUUAAAUCAAACUUUGUUUUAAUGCUACAAAUCACCCUGAAUUAGCUUUGCUUAGCCUAGCUUAGUUUUGAUCAGCAUUAAAACAGAUUUUCGUUUAAUUAUGUUGGAUUUUCGUACUAGUUAUCAUUUAUUUAUUUCAUACAAAAUCAAAUCAAUGAUUGGGAGAGAAAAAACAGAAUUAAUUCAAAACUAUUUCUCUCCGAAUUUAGAAAGAUCAGUCAAUCUGGUUAUGGUACCAAUUUGAUUCUUAUCAUAUUUAAUUAACAAACUUUAUUUAGUAUCUAAUAACAAUAUCUCAUUAUUGAUCCUAUAAUGGAGAAUUUAGAGGUAAAUUUUGUGAAAUUGUUAUAAGUUAUUAGUAUUGACAACACUUUACGAAACACUCUGUAUACAAUAGGUACAAACGUUAGGACGCAUUUAGUUACAGGCAACGUUCUGUUGCCUUCUGUGUGAAUGCUCCGCUCUAAAUGUAUAUAAAUUGAAAUUGUGUGCGACGACCGUAAAAUAUUAUUAUGACAAUUGUCUUCUGUGGCUGAUCGUUAGGAAGUCUCUAUUAUUUACUAAUAAUUAUUAUUAUAAUUAUUGAAAUAAAUAAUGGAGAAGCGUGAAUAGUGUAAAGAAUUUUGUGAUUAUUUAAAUAGUAAGCAGUGUCUAAUUCUUAGGAUGUGCGCUUUGAGUUUUGGUGAUGAUUACCGUAUGCAUUCGGUUUUUAAUAUUAUAACAAAAUAGAAUCAAUAAUAUGAUUUCUGAUUUUAUGUUUUGAUUUAGCUAACCUGUUUCAAUCUAGAAUUCUCAGUUCGUAUAGAUACUUUUUCCAAUAUGAAAGCUCUCAACGUUGAGAGUGUAGUUGAUGUAAAAAGCUACUUAAUCUGAUGAGUUCUACCUGACGACAAGGUAGAAAUUUACGUCAAUUAUUAUUAUGAUAUUACUUGGUUAUACAUGUUACAAAUCUUGAAGUGUUCUACAAAGAUUUGAGGAGUUUUUCGUGUUGCUUCUUAUGUCGAUAUUACCAUAAUAUGUAACAAAAAUAAUUCUAGUUGAUUAAAUUUUGAAUAAUUUAUUUUUUGAACUUCAAAUAUCGUUCUAAUAAACAAGUUGUAUAUCUGAAGUUUCAUGUAACUGGCUCAGAGUUGAAAGAUGUUUGUAUUUUAUAAUUUAAGCUAAAUAUAUUCACUUAAAAUUAAAGCUAUGAACUCCAAUUCUACAACAAGAAAAUUUCAUAUGGUAAAUUUUUCUUCAAGAUCUGUAUAAGAUCUUUGCUGGAUCUCGAAUACGUCAACAAAUUUGAAUUAAAUGAAAAUUUUGCUAAAGUAAUGAUAAUUGUGAUGAAACGUGGUAGAUAUUUGUAACUGCAAUGUUUUGAAAGUUUUGUAAAAGCAUGAUAUUAUUUAGUAGUAGCAAAUUUGAAAAUAGUCCUCACCAAAACUUAAAGUUCUCAGCCUAACCUGUUUAAUUAAGGUUUUAGUGUUCUACACAUUGAUAGAGCAUACAUAAUAAUUAGUACGUGAGAAUUAACACAUGAAAUACACAACUGAAUCAAUUUUAUAAGUACAAUAUGUUUGAAUACUGGCAAACAUGAAUAAUUUAUACGUUGUUCUUUAAUAUAAUUAAUUAUAUAUUUUUUGAUAGAUUGUAAUAAUUCUACUCUGUUAGUUGAUUUUUAUCAAUAUAUUUUAAACGUUUGACGUGAUUCAUGAAAACUGAAAAUACAUGUUUAAAAUCAGUUAAAUUCUAGCGACAAGCAGAAUUUUCGGAUUUAUUUUUUUAUUUUAACAGUAAAUUUAUUUUUUUGAAUGAUUUGUUAUUAUUUUUCGUGAAAAUAUUAUUGGCGUGAGAUUUAGGCUUAAAGCUGUGCACUUGAUUGGUUGUAAUGGUUUAUUUAUGGAAAUUAUCAGUAAUUUAUUACAGUAUAUAUACAAAAUUGAGGUCUGUUUUUGAAAACCUGUGAUUUUAUUGAAGGAUUGAGCUGAGCUGUUCAGCAAGUGAAUUUAAUUGGUGAUUUUCUGUAUGGUAAGACUUGAGUUUUAAAUACAGACCUCUCCUUUGCCGCUUUAAAAGCAAUAAAUAUUUGAAGAAAACUAUUGAAUUUUAGGAAUUUGUAUUUAUAAAUGGUAUGAAACUAUUUAAUAAGUUAUUCAAACUAAUCCAGAUGCUAUUAAAAACCUUCUAUAAAAUUUGUGUUUCAUGUUAAGGGUGUUACCAUUCGAAGAUGGAAAUUUGUGUUUCAUGCUAUUAUAAGGGUGUGUUCACACAGGGAGCGGUCUGGAGUUCCGCGGUGGGCGAUCUUAAUAUGAUAUAGAUAUGGAUGUCUAUAUCUAUAUCCUCCUAAAAUUAGAUAUAGAUAUCUAUAUCUGUAUUUUUACAGAAACGGUAAGAUACAGAUAUAAAAAGCUUGGCAUCAGCUGAUUAAAAGUGAAUUGCUCAUGUUCGCGGUGCGUAUCUGUACGCACCUUUAGACCGCUUUCCGUGUGAACACUCCCUUAAACUGCUGAUAUGAGACAACACAAUGAGAAUUGAAAAUAUAACGAAUCUCCUUCCUUUGAAAAUUCUUAGACUGGUCACACACCGAUUAGUCAAGACAAGACUAGUCUUGUUUAGUCACAAUACUUCACAUUGCUGCUUAUGACGCAACUCACACUGAUUAGUCAUUGCAAUUAGACAUGACUCCAUAAGCAACUAUGACGUGAAGUAUUGUGACUAAACGUGACUAGUCUUGUCUUGACUAAUCGGUGUGUGACCAGCCUUAAGCUUACCGGUAUAUUAUCUUUCAUUAAGCUGCGUACAGAUACACGCGCCUCCAACCCGCUCCGCCCUCGUUCCGCCCCCGCUCUGGACUCGCACCGAUCAUGAUCGUUACGGGAGAUGUUAGCUCUUCUCGCGUUCCACUCUUGCUCCCCGGUCGAUCAUCAAUCGCUCUGCUCGAGUGACGUUCGGUUGCGGAGCAGAGCGAAAGUCUGUACGCACCUUUAGAGAUGAAAGCUCGUAUUGGGGAUAUUCUGAAGCUUAUCUAUUUCAUUGGAAGAGAAAGCCCAUAUUGUAAUAUAAUUACUCUUUCUCUCCCUAUUUGAGAACUUGAAGGCUCCAACUUGUUAUAAGAAUACAGGAGAGUUUAACAAAUCGCUUCAACAACUCAACAAUCUUAAGAAUAACAAUUCAGCAAAGAAAGCAAUUCAACAUAAAAUCAAAUUUAAGUGCACAUUUUUGAAUUUCUAAUCUUGGCUCCAAAACUCCCCCGCCACCACACUUUCUCACUACACUACACCACUAGUGCGCAUGUGUGAAAAUUUGUAUGAGAGAGAGACGAACGAUAGCUUUGUAUUUUGUUGUGCAAAACAAGAAACAAGUUUUUGUUUGCAAUUUUCUUUUUAAGCGAGUGUGUGUGAUCAUGUACCUGUUGUAUGGAGUAAGCUUGCGCCUAUAUUUGAAUUAUGAUUAUAAUAAUUAUAAUUGUAAUUGUCUUUAAUUGAAUAGUGUACGUACACCUAGUAUUAACAAUAGGUAUAAAUUUAUGGAAAGUCUAAAUUUAUCGGCAGUAAAUCCGGAUGUGUUUAUACGAGUUACGUUUGGUAGUCCGCACAUGUGAGUUUUGAAAUUGUUUUCUUGUGUUGAAAAAUUGUAGUUAUUGAUUGUCUAAAAUCAAUUGAAACAAGCUGAAAUAAUCAACAAUUGAUUGUUUUGAGAGUCGCCUAUCUUAAGCUGCGUUUACACCAAAGUUAUUAAAAAAAGGAUUAAGUUAUCAACAUUUUGUUAUUAAUUUUGGUGUGAACGCAGCUCUAUUCCAUCUAAAAUAAGAGACAGUUAUAAAAUAACAAACUAUUAUUUGUUUAAAUAUUGUUGUUAUUAAACAGAAAUAGUGAUAUUUUUAUGUUAUGAACUUUAGAUUCAAAUUUAAAUUUAUAUUCAUGAGCAUGAUAUUAUCAGUAUAGUUCAGUUAAUCAUAAUAGAAAUUUGAGUUACUGUAUUUGACAGAAAUUUGUAAUGUUUGAAUAAUUUUAUUGUAAACGUGGAUUUUUUUAUUCUUCUGGAAUUGAUAUUAUAUCUGUUAAGUUUAUUAUCAAACAGUAGGUCAAGGUUAAUACAAAAUUGAAAUUAUCUAAAUUCCUUAAGGUGCGUACAGAUUCACGCGCCGCGAACAUGAGCAAUUCACUUUUAAUCAGCUGAUGCCAAGCUUUUUAUAUCUGUAUCUUACCGUUUCUGUAAAAAUACAGAUAUAAUCAGCUGAUUAAAAGUGAAUUGCUAAUGUUCGCGGCGCGUAUAUCUGUACGCACCUUUAAAAUUGUUGAAUAUUAAAUUUAUAUUAUUUUUUUAAAUUGAUGAAUAUUAAUUGAUAUCAUUUUUUAUUUGGUCCGUAUAUUAAUAAUGAAAGGUAGAGAAUGAUAUUAUUUAUGAAACAAUAUAAUGAAUAAAAAAGAAAUGGGGUUCAAUCAAAUAUUCUCUGUUGUUAUUCAUUAUGGGUUUCGAAACACUAAUUUAUUAAGUAAUGAAUAUUGAAAUUUAAUGCUAUUUGUUUGUUAUUUGAGAAUAAAUUUUAGCCUUACAUUUAUGUAAGGAUGGUGUGAUGAGAAUGAUAUUAAACACAUUCUAAAAAUUACUCAAGAUUUACUUAUCAAGAUUUCUAAUAAAGAAUCAGACAAUUUUUUAAAACUUUUAUCAAUCCUUCACCUUAUCAUAAAUCUUAAGGUUCCUACUUACUAGUGCACUCUGGUGGAUGAUUGUUGAUUAUUUAUUAAAUUAAAUCAAUAUAAUUUAUUUUUUUAUUUAUUAAAUCAAUUUAUGAUUAUUUACAACAUAAAAACAAUCUAUUUUGUUGUGGAGAAUUUGUUCUGGAAAUUAUAUUUUUCACGGUUUCUUGUGUGAAAUAUUUGAAAAUCACUUUACAAACACAUGGUUUGUCUAUGCUUGCAGAAACUCAAUAACUAUUUUGUUUCUUUUUUGGAAACGCCCCUCUUCAUUAGAAAUGUGGAAUUGUUGUCGAUUUACUGGGUAGGGUUUUCUCUUUUCAAACUAGUACCUAAUAUGGAUCGAUGUUGAUAUAUUUUUAUUACUUUUUGUAUAUAUGAGUUGUGUAUCUUAUCAGUUAGAUUGUAUUGUGAAGAAGUGCGGAUUUAUGAUUAAUGAUUCUCACGCUACUACAAUAUUAUACUAGAUACAAAUUCUGUACAUACUCUGUGUCUUUACUAAUAUAUAAAUAUUUUUUUUGUAAGAAAAAUUAUCUAGACUACUACUUGUACGAUGAUCUAAUAAAUUUUUAUAUUGUUCUCGAAUAAAUAAAUGAUGAAGAAAUAGGUUUAUCUUGGUGAAUUUGUUGUGAAGCAAGUAAAUUGUGAUGUUUGCUGUUGUAAAUAUGUGUAAAAAAUUAAGUCGAAUGAUUAAUUCAAGACUUGAUUAUUAAAAUUAAGUCGGUGAAUGACUUCUGGAAUCAGUUAUGGUUGUUGCAGAUACAACUUCGCAUUAGUAACAACAAUUAUAUUAUUUAUUUAUGAACCGAUGUUUCAUUUCAUAUGCAUAAUGUAAGUCACUCGAACGAUUCUCACACGAUAGGUCAAUCUGUUUUCAUUGAGUAAAAAUAAAAUUUGCAACAAACAUUA